GGCCCAGGGCGAACAGGGGCCGGGCCCUCCCCCAUCCCCCACGUGGCGGGUAGUGGUGCAGGCACUCCUGGGGUGGCAAGUUCCCACGUGUAGUGCGGGGUAGCCGGCUUUGGUCCUCUCUGAUCUCCAAGGCCUGUAGGUCCGCGCCCGUGGUGAUGCCAAAGAUCAAGCCGGGGACGAGCGGCCGCCGCCGCGAUCGACUUAAACAGAGCCGAGAGCUGAAGAGCGCCGGAGGACUCAUGUUCAACACGGGGAUUGGGCAACAUAUUUUGAAAAAUCCUCUCAUUGUUAACAGUAUUAUCGAUAAGGCUGCCUUAAGACCAACUGAUGUGGUGCUGGAAGUUGGACCUGGAACUGGCAAUAUGACUGUAAAGUUGCUAGAAAAGGCAAAAAAGGUAAUUGCCUGUGAACUUGACCCAAGACUAGUAGCUGAACUUCACAAAAGAGUUCAGGGCACGCCUCUGGCCAGCAAACUUCAAGUACUGGUGGGUGAUGUGUUGAAAACAGAUUUGCCAUUCUUUGAUGCCUGUGUGGCAAAUUUGCCAUAUCAGAUCUCUUCCCCCUUUGUCUUCAAGCUGUUGCUGCACCGACCUUUUUUCAGAUGUGCUGUACUUAUGUUUCAAAGAGAAUUUGCUCUCCGAUUAGUUGCAAAGCCUGGAGAUAAAUUAUACUGCAGACUAUCAAUCAAUACACAGCUGUUAGCACGUGUGGACCAUCUGAUGAAAGUUGGAAAGAACAAUUUCAGGCCACCACCAAAGGUGGAAUCCAGUGUCGUAAGAAUAGAACCCAAGAAUCCACCACCACCUAUCAAUUUUCAGGAAUGGGAUGGCCUAGUAAGGAUCACCUUUGUUAGGAAGAACAAGACACUGUCUGCGGCAUUUAAGUCAAGUGCAGUGCAACAGCUUUUGGAAAAAAACUACAGAAUUCACUGUUCGGUCCAUAAUAUUAUAAUACCAGAAGAUUUCAGCAUAGCAGAUAAAAUACAGCAAAUCCUAACCAGCACAGGUUUUAGUGACAAGCGGGCCCGUUCCAUGGACAUAGAUGACUUUAUCAGAUUGCUACAUGGAUUCAACGCAGAAGGUAUACAUUUUUCUUAGGUAUCUGGAAAAGAGAAUUUUCAAGCCCAAGAAAAAGAAACCACAAUUAUACAUUUCUAACAGAGAAGAUAAACUAUGCUUUUGCUCCACUGGAACACUAUGUGCUUGACUAGUUUUGAUUUAAUACUACCACUGUCACCAUUUAUUACUCUGAAGUUUUAUGGUAGUAAGGGUAGUAAGUCAAUUCUAAGUACCCAAGUUUUUUUUUUGGUUUUUUUUUUUUUUUUUUUUUUUUUGGUUUUGGUGUUUUUAAUAUUUAGGGCAGGGUCCAGUCUCUACACGGUAAUCUUUAAGAGCCGCAGGCACGCACAACUUUACACUUAAACUUCUUUCUAACAGUUUAUUGUAUAAAGAUGUUACUCUUCUAUUUUCUAUGUUAUAUAUUACCAUGAGGGCCUCUGUAGGCCUUUGUCCCUCAAACAGUCAGUCAGACAGUUGAAAUAUGCUUAACUCAAGUUACAUAUUCCCCGUACGAUUUCUUUUUAUUCAUGUGUACAAUAAAACACUUGUUUCUUA